GAGAGAGAGAGGAGGAGAGAGAGAGGAGGAGGAAAGAGUCAGUGAGUCCGGAUGCUCUGCACAGAGACACCGGACCACAGAGGUGCCGCUGCUGCUGCUGCUGUGCGUCGCUGCUCUCAGGCUGCAGCCUUAUGACGGAGCUGCUGGGCUAACAUUCAAGAAAACAACCUCAACAAACAAUCUGAAGCAGGUGUUCUGCAGACAAUGGCUCUCUCCUGGAUUCUGCUCGUGGCGUUCCUGUUUUCCAGCCUGGCUCCGUCGCACAGCGCUGAGCCCGGAGCACCUCACGGCAAGAGGAGACAGGCGCAGGGCUCGGCAGGUGGCAGCAACGUCCUGCAGCACCCUCUGCAAGGUCUGCAGGGCCACGGGUACGGCAGGGACCACGGAGGGCACCAGGGGGCCCGUAAUGGCAAAGGUGGGGCCGGGCUGCUCUCCCACAGGCCUCUGCACCCGCUGGCCAGGCCAGAGGACGACGGGACGGGUCUGGAGGGGUUGAGCCCGGUGAGACUGGAGAUGGGUCCGGGGAGGGACAGAGACCGAGGUCGAAUGAAUAUGAGGAGUCAAACCCAGACGAGGGAGAACAACCUUCUGGGCACACGCAAGGGAAGAGGGCACAGAAACGGGCACGGACAUGGACACCACUUUGAGCACAGGAGGCAAGGGAGCCGUCGAGACAAGGGACGACAUGGUAAAGGUUUUCCUGUGGAGCCUGAGCUGAGGGCUGCGCUGAGGGACAGAGAUCUGUUCGAGGACCCUCCCUCUUCCUCAUCCUCCCCCUUCUCCUCCCCUGCUGCCUCCCCCCCGCUCGGUGCGACCCCGCCCAGCGAACCCCCCUCCCCCAUCGGCGCCGCCUUUGGCUCCGGCUCCUCCAUGGUUACCACGGUGAUGAACGAGCAUCCCCCAACGCUGCCCCCGGCCUCCACCAAACCCCAGCGGUCUGGUCGUGGAAAAGGACAAGGUGAGGUGAUGCCAACGUUGGACAUGACGCUCUUUGACUGGACGGACUACGAGGACAUGAAACCUGUGGACACUUGGCCGGCCUCCAGGAAAAAAGACAAGAGACGGAGUAAGAACCUGAGCAGCGGGAACGUGACUGAAGACGCUGACGCCAUCGAGCCGUGUGACCACCACCUGGACUGCCUCCCCGGUUCCUGUUGUGACCUGAGGCAACACGAGUGUAAAGCUCACAACCGAGGCCUCAACAACAAAUGCUACGACGACUGCAUGUGUGAGGAAGGGUUUCGUUGCUAUGCCAAGUUCCACCGGAAGCGGCGCGUCACCAGGAGGCGGGGUCGCUGUGUGGUGCCAGAGUCGGUCAGCAGCGACCAGGGAGGCUUCAUCACCAUCUGAGGAAGAGGAGGCACACGAGAGGAAGGAGAAAGAGGACGAAUGACGGCCCCAUGACCCCAAGACAUCACAUGACUCUGUUGACAGACCAAGUGCUUCAGACUGAUGCUUGUUUUCUUUUUUUCUCUCACAGUAAAGAAUCCAAAUACCAAAACCAGCAGUUAAAACUUAACCAGACGUAGUUUAACUGGGAUUACUGAGUUAUGAGCAUUGCAUUGUGGGAGAAUCCUCAACCAGAAUAAUCGCCAUCUUUAAAUCCCUUGAUUUGUUCAGUGAAAAUGAAAACAGGUCAGUCUGACUCUGAAUUCGAUUUUUCAGUAACUAAAAGAAAACAGACUUUUGAAAAUGAAUUUUAAAUGAGUUUUUAAUUGGUAGAAAAGAAAAAGAAAAGAAAAAUUUAUUCUCAGAGGAAACGUUUUACUUUUCAACACGUUCAAAUUUUGAGGAAAAGACAUUUUGAGAAUUUAAGAAAACGCCUUUUCAAACACCUCUUCAUCAUUUCUCAUGCAUUUGAUUUACAUUUGAAAUAUUUGAUGUUUUGUCCUGAUCAGAGUGGAACCGUGUUUACAAAUCCUUCAUUCAGUGUCGAGGUAACUGAAACUGUGUUCUUGCAGAUUAUUCUCUUGCUUCAGGACGGUUUGCAAUACUGUUUUUUUAAAAAGUCCUUUCUCUCACCUGCUUCUCCAAACCAACACUACACAUCAUCUGUAAAUGCUGUUUGAACAGUGUUGUAAAUAUGAAUGUGUUUGAAUUGCCAAAAGUUUUUGUUUUUUUUUUAUUUUGAGACUCUUCAAAUGUACUAAACAGUAGAAAGAUAAACACAGAUGCUUGUUCGACCUCCCUUAUACAUGUCUUAAUAUAUGUUUUAUUUAUAAGGUUCUUCAAGACCUUUGUCUUUAUUGUGUUAUUCUGCCCUUUUUUUGUUUUCAUGAUUAAACACUUACUACGAUAAAUAUUACGCGGUG